ACAAAUUAUGAAGUCAAGACACAGGAUAGUAGUCUGUCACUUUUCCAACACUUUUCGCAUAUGCGGCUCUCUAUGUUUUCUUUACUCCAAACUGGAGAAAAACUUGUCUGUCGAAAAAUUCUCGACACCCCAUUAUUCCAUUACAAACUCUAUUGAAGAAGUAAACGUCUUGGAAAGUAAUCGUAUAAACUUUUACGUUGGUACUUCUUCGUUGAAGAAACCAAAGAGGAACGACAAGUUGAUGUCCAGAUUGUGUAAAAUUUUUGUGGCAGGUUUCGUUUCUGGCGCUCUAACCUCCAUAGUCAUAACUCCGGUAGAAGUUGUUACAGCUCUAAAGUCGAGAGUGAACUCGCCGUAUUCUUCUUUAUCUUUACCCAGUAUUCUUCUAAGAGUAUGGAAAGAGCAAGGUUGGAAAGGACUUUUCGAUGGGUGGACAGGAUUCGUUUUAAAAAGUGCUGUCACAAAAUCCCUCAGGCUUGCUCUCUUUGAACAAACCAAGUAUUUUCUUCAAACAAAGAUGCACCCGUCGAGAGAUAUCACACCGAAAGAAAGACUAUUAGCAGUUUCGUUGACCGGUAUGAUGGCCAUGGCAAUCUGUUAUCCUUUACACGCGACACAGACUCUCAAAAUGAAAGGCCUCGAUCCCCCUAAAAAUGUUCGAGUAGUGUAUGGAGGCUGGUUUCCUGCCGUGCUACGAAUGGUACCUCAAUAUGGUUUAGAAUAUCUUUUCUACGAUAUUCUUCGAACCGAAGUCUCCAGAAGGAAACGAAGAAAGCACUCGAAUACCUUUUAUGUCGACUUGAACUUGUGGAGCUUGUUAGUCUUGAGUGCCGUGUCAAGUCUGUUCGCACAAACUAUUGCUCAACCUUUCAAUGUCAUAUCUAAACGAAUGACUGUUUUAUCUGCAACAGAUUCCGAAAAAUGGAGAAAAUAUUCACAAAUUGCUGCGAUGUUCAGUGUUGCAAGUGAAGUCUGGAGAGAGUCAGGAAUUUUUGGUUUUUUCAGGGGUCUCCGCUAUCGUUAUUUGAAGGCUAUACCUUCCGUGUUUAUGUCUAAAGUUGCCAUGUUGUGUCUCAAUAGCAGGUUGGGUUUGUCACCUUCGACGGAGACGUUUCGGGCUGCUUCCACGUUCUCUUGGAAGAGCUCAAACUUUUCUUCAAGCUCAAUUCUUGGGGAUUCUUUCCAGUAUGUGGAUUCUUUCACGUUGUACUCAUAAAUAGUUGGAAACUUUUUCGAGUUUUUGUGCUUUAAAAUGUAUCGUAAUAAAAAGAAUAAUCUGAGA